AUGUCAGCCGAAGCCCUGUCAAGUCCUGAACCCCGGUGCAUUGAUGUCGGAAGUGGUGAAUCAUGGAGUUUGUCACAAAUCCUCGAUCACGCGGAGACCCUGGCAAAAUUUUUGGUCUCUUCCUUUGGCGGCCGUCGGUCUACUUGGAACACUGGAGGAGCCAACGUUGACUACGAAGUUAUUACUGUCGGUGUACUUGCACCAAACAUCCCGGCAAUACCUAUAGUGGCUUACAGCUGCAUGGCAGCCGGACUACCCGUCACGCCGCUACCCGUUGGAUCUUCGUCGUCAGAAAUUGCGUAUCUCGUCUGUCUUGCUCAAUGCGAGAUCGUAUUCGUACAUCCAUCUCAACUGGAAACAAUCAAGACAAGCGGCUAUCCUGCCGAACGCAUCAUUCUAACAGAGCCCUUUGAAGGAUGGGACGGACAAAUCUUGCCAGACCUUCUGGUGAUUGCAAGGUCACUUCCUGAGUUUACUAUUGAUGGGAAACAUCCUAUGCCAAAGCACCAGGUUGCCUUGGUAGUUUUCUCUAGUGGGUCGACCGGUAAUCCUAAAGCUGUAAUGAUAACACAUCAAAACAUAUAUGCGCUGUUGAUAUGUCGGGUACUCACUUCCGGGGCUAAUGUUGGUGUAGAAAAGAAAACAGCUGUCAUCCUUUCAGUCCUCCCUAUGUACGACGUAGCUGAUUGCUUGAUUCACAACUCCAAAGCCAUAUUUAUGGAACGAGGACCUAAUAUGCGGCCGUAUUCUAGAUUUUUGAUUGGUGUAAUAAUCCCCCUUUUGGAUGGCGUCACACAAUGUAUCAUGCGGAGCUGGAAUGUCAAAGCCGUUUUCCGUGCCAUUGCCGAGUAUAAUAUUACCACUUUGGGGCUUGUACCUACCAUGGCUCUACAAAUCAUAUCCGCGGCCGAUCAGCUUGAGGAUGUUGAUCUGUCUUCACUUAACUCUGUCUUUGUCGGCAGCUCCGCCAUAAAUCCCAUUCAAAAGCAAAGACUGUUUGAAUUGCUCACUUCACGAGGUGCAUUGACUGGUCAACAAGACGGCUCAUCUAUAAUCGAUGGUUAUGGAAUGAGUGAGACUACCUCGGCAAUUACCACCUGGUCAAAAGACGGUACUCCUGCCAGCCGUGCACGCUUAGGGACUGUCGGUUUUUUGAUUCCCGGAUCGGAAGCGCGUAUCAUUUCGGAAUUCUCUGACAAUCCUAUGGGCGAAGACGUGCCCAAGCAUACGCCUGGAGAAUUGUGUCUACGUAGCCCUACAAUCAUGAAAGGCUAUCUUGGCAAUCCGGAGGCCACUCGUGCCACCUUUACAGCAGAUGGAUGGUUGAGAACUGGUGAUAAAAUGAGGAUUGAUGCGGAGGGGCACCUAAUUUACUUCGAUCGUCUCAAAGACACCUUCAAAAACCGCGGCAAACAAGUUUCGCCCUCUGAGAUUUCUUCUCUGAUCUACAAGCAUCACUCGGACCUGAUUGCCGAGAUCUCAGUGAUCGGUGUGCCUGCUCAAGGUGAUUCGGAAACGGUUGGCGAAGAGGCAUGGGCCUUCUUGGCACUCAAGGUCGACUCUCUAAGCCAAAAGGAGAAGGAAAGAUUGGCCGAGAGUAUCAAAGCAAUCACCCGGGAACAGCUUUCUAUUCACAAAUGGGUCGUUCGAGUCGAAUUCUUGGACGAACUUCCCAAAGGCUCCACACACAAAAUACUGGUCAGGGCCCUGCGAGAUUUGGCAAUCAAGCUCACCACUAAUAAACAUCAAUCUAAGUUGUAAAUUUCCUCAUCAUCAUUUACUUUUAUUACCCCAACAGUUUUGUGCAUAGUUAUUAGGAAAUUU